AUGGCCUUGAAGCCGCUCGAAUUCCUGGCUUAUGAGCCCCAAUCCUUACCCCAGAGACAUCGCCAAUACUCUACCUUCGAAGAAGAUGGCAGAGCAAGCCCUGCUCUGCCUAUCCAGCCUACGAUUGAGGGGCAAAUCGAAGCCGACACACCAGAAGUAUUGCAGCUCUCAACCCAGCAGCCCAAUAAGGAGAUGGAUCUAGACUGCUAG